AUUUUUCUUUUUUCUUUCUUUUUUAUUCUUUGAUCAUGGAUGAUACGAAUAUAAGACUUUCUAUUGAACUUGGCAAAGCACUUGCUCAACUUACAAAACUAUCUCACCAUGUUACACUCACCAUAGAUAUUGGACCAAACACAAUAUUAGCCAUUAAAUACAUUGCUGGUUCCUUGAUUAUCUACAAAUCGAUUGACUCUCUUUCUCGCUUACUGACAAACAAUGGAGAAUAAUAAUGAUGUAAAAAAAAAAAAAAAAUAGAGAGAGGGGGUUUUAAUAAUAUUAUUAAAAAAAAGGAAUAGACAUUUUAUCACUUUUCUUUCUUUAUUUUACUUUAUGAACAGCCUAAGAGCCUUAAACGCUUUUUACAACAGAUCCUACAACAAGCGUCCUAUACUUACCUUGUGUGUAACAAAUGGUAUUCUCGGCAUUAUCAGUGAUAGUUUAGCACAAAGUAUAUCACUCUACAACAAAUUCAAUAUUGAUGAACGAUUUUUGCCCGAUAAAGUCAAAGCACACCGAAAUCUAUGGACAAUUACAGAUCAUUGGGACUUUACUCGAACUUUACGAUUUGCAGCCUACAAUUUCUGUGUGGCACCUCUUGGUGGAAAAUGGUACAUGUUUCUAGACAAAUUUUUCCCUAUGCCUGUUAAGCAGGUGGCAACGAAGGCAGUAACAAAGCAGGCUAAUAUGAUGGCUAUCAAGCGUAUGGUGACAGAUCAAGCAUUGUUUGCACCUGCUGGUCUUGUCUUGUUCUUUACAACGAUGGGACUGGCUGAAACGGGUAAAUGGGAAGGAGUCCAGGAGAAGUUUAGAGACGCGUAUAUACCAGCAUUGAUCGCUAAUUAUAAGGUAUGGCCAGCGGUUCAGUUUAUUAAUUUCAAAUGGAUGCCAUUGCAAUAUCGCCUACCAUUUGUCAGUAGCUUGGGUAUCGUUUGGAAUGCCUAUUUGAGUUGGUUGAAUAAUGCUACAAAACAAGAAGAAAGUGUCUUGGAAAAAUUGGAAAAGAAGGAUACUGGAUUAGAAGUUGUACAGUCUACUUGAUACCUUUUUGUUUGAAAAUAAUAAUUGUCCUUUAUACGAAAAAAAAAUACACGUUAUUUGCAGAUUUUUAGUUGGAGUGAUAAGAAUACUGAAAUUGACGUCUUUUG